CGCGCGGCCUGGCGGGUGUGUAACGGCCGUUAGGCGAGUCAAGGGAGCGAACCGCCGCCCGCGGCCGACGUACCUGGCAGUAGUUGGUGUCCCUGAGUGAGGGAUUUCGCCUCUCGCUUUCAGGCUCACCUGGCUCAAAUAACUGUUAAUGGCCAUGCAGGAGAAAUACCCAAGUGAAAGGAUCUCUCAUGCCACCUCACCAGGUUCCAGUGUGAUUCAGAAGGGCAGUUCCCUGGGGACUGAAUGGCAGACCCCGGUUAUCUCGGAGGCCUUUCGGAGCCGCUUCAGCCGCUGUUCAAGUGUAGCUGACAGUGGGGACACAGCCAUUGGCACAUCGUGCUCAGACAUUGCGGAGGAUUUUUGCAGUUCAAGUAGCAGCCCUUCUUUCCAGCCCAUCAAAAGCCACGUAACCAUUCCAACAGCCCAUGUGAUGCCUUCUACUUUGGGGACCUCUCCUGCCAAGCCAAAUUCUUCUGCUGGACCCUCUUCUUCCAAACUUCCUUUGUCAGGGUUGGCUGAAAGUGUGGGGAUGACAAGAAAUGGAGACCUCGGUGCAAUGAAACGUUCUCCAGGCCUGUCUAGAGAUUUCAUGUAUCUUUGUGGUGCUGCCGGAGAAAAUGGAGUUGAGCAGUCCUGGUUUCCAGCAGUGGGCCAUGAAAGAGAAGAGGUGAGGAAGUUUGAUAUUCCCAAUAUGGAAUCCACCCUCAAUCAGUCAGCAAUGAUGGAGACACUUUAUUCAGAUCCCCACUACCAAGUCUACUUCCACAACCCAAGAACUGACACAAAUAAGGAGCUAUACAAAGUGUUGCCUGAGACCAAGAAGGCACCAGGCAGUGGGGCAGUGUGUGAGCAGAAUGGACCGCACUCCAGCAGCAGUGGGGUUCUCCCUUUGGGACUCCAGCCUGCUCCUGGGCUCUCCAAGCUUCUGCCCUCUCAGGUGUGGCAGCCGAAUCCUGACCCUUGGCAUCCCCGAGAGCGAUCUUGUGAGCUCAGCACUUGUCGACAGCAGCUGGAGUUGAUCCGUUUACAGAUGGAGCAAAUGCAGCUUCAGAAUGGAGCCAUCUGCCACCAUCCUGCUGCUUUUGCUCCUUCAUUGCCCACGUUAGAGCCAGCACAGUGGAUCAGCAUCUUGAACAGUAACGAACAUCUUCUGAAGGAAAAGGAACUCCUUAUUGACAAGCAGAGGAAACAUAUCUCUCAGCUGGAGCAGAAAGUGCGAGAGAGCGAACUACAAGUCCACAGUGCUCUUUUGGGCCACCCUGCCCCCUUUGGGGAUGUCUGCUUGCUGAGGCUGCAGGAAUUGCAACGAGAGAACACUUUCUUACGUGCACAGUUUGCACAGAAGACAGAAGCCUUGAGCAAAGAAAAGGUUGAGCUUGAAAAGAAACUCUCUGCUUCAGAAGUUGAAGUCCAGCUCAUCAGAGAGUCACUCAAAGUGGCAUUGCAGAAGCAUUCAGAGGAGGGGAAGAAACAGGAAGAAAGGGUCAAGGGUCGUGAUAAGCAUAUUAAUAAUUUGAAAAAGAAAUGUCAAAAGGAAUCAGAGCAGAACCGGGAGAAGCAGCAACGUAUUGAGACCUUGGAGCGCUACCUGGCUGACCUGCCCACCCUGGAAGACCAUCAGAAGCAGAGCCAGCAGCUUAAGGAUUCUGAGUUGAAGAGCACAGAGCUGCAGGAGAGAGUGACUGAGCUGGAGAGUUUGCUGGAGGAGACCCAGGCAGCCUGCAGAGAGAAGGAGGUUCAACUGGAAAGCCUCAGACAGAGGGAAGCAGAAUUCUCUACUAGACAUAGCCUGCAAGAUAAGCAGUGUGUGGAGGAGGCCAGUGGAGAAGGUCCAGCUCAACAGAGAGAAGAUCCCAAAGUGGAAAUGGAAUCCUGGCAGAAGGAAUGUGAUUCCCUUCGGAAGAUUGUGGAGAAGCAACAGCAGAAGAUUGACCAGUUGCAUUCACAAGUACAGAGCCUAGAGCAAGAAGUAGCUCAGGAAGAAGGAACAAGCCAGGCCCUGAAAGAAGAGGCCCAACGGAGGGAGACAGCCCUGCAGCAGCUGCGUACAGCUGUGAAAGAGCUUUCAGUACAGAACCAGGACCUGAUUGAAAAGAAUCUCACACUCCAAGAACACCUGCGGCAGGCCCAACCAGGGUCCCCAUCUUCAUCAGACACAGCCCAGCUGGCAUUUGAGUUGCACCAGGAAUUGGCCAGUUGUCUUCAAGAUCUGCAGGCUGUCUGUAGCAUUGUGACCCAGAGGGCCCAGGGCCGUGACCCCAAUCUCUCCCUGCUCCUGGGCAUUCACUCUGCACAGCACCCAGGGACCCACCUAGAUUUGCAGAAGCCAGAUGUGAUCAGGAGGAAACUAGAAGAGGUUCAACAGCUACGCCGUGACAUUGAGGACUUAAGGACCAUCAUGUCAGACAGAUACGCCCAGGACAUGGGAGAAAACUGUGUCACACAGUGAGGAAUGCUGGGGGUGGGACAGGCUGUAUUCCCCUAGGGAGAAUCUGGUCUGUUGAAAGCCUGGUCUAGCAGGUCCUGCCCUGACAAUCUCUUGCCUCCUAUCUGCUGCUAUUCCCAGAGAGAAGGGGUGGAGGGGAGGUACAAGCCUGCAUCUAGGGCCAAGGGCUGAUUAGAGAAUUUUGUUUGUCCUGCCCUGCACUGGCUUUGCUUUGUUGGAUUGCAUUUCUCCUGUCAUCCUGAUUCACCCUUUGAGGGUGAGUUACUAAUUAACUUUUGCAGGUGAACUGGUAAGUCCUCACAGACUAUUCCUAGCCACAGGCUGACGUCACAGGCAAACAGGCUGCUCACCUCCCUUCUCCAUCCUUUGGGGUGGAUCCACAUUCAUUCCCUCUCCAUACCUUGGUAUUGGUGAUGCCCAGAGUUCUUUAGAGGGGCUGGGAAUGGCUGAAUACCAGUAACAAUGGCCAUUUGAGAAUUCUCAGGCCCCAUGUAUCAGCCUUCCUGGGAACUGAGUUGGCUCUGGCUUUUCUUAGGCCCAGUUCCUCUGCUUCUUCCUCAGGGCUCUUGUCCUCACAGAUGCCUCAGGGUGAUCUGUUCAUUAGCAAAGUACUCACUUGGGGGCCAAGGGAUUAUAACCAGGACCUCUUCAUAUGUGCUGCCAUGCCCUUUACAGGAGACCCUACUCUAGUCGCCCUGUGUCCUGGUCAUGUGGUUAGCACAGGCCCCUUCUCCUUUGUUCUCAGGCCAGCUGGGCAGCUCCCUUCUUGGGCUUUGAGUGCAGACUCUUCUUCUCUAUGGUUCUGGGUUUGGGCAGGAUUUUCCCCCAGGAUACCACAGGGCAACUGUCAAGCUGCUCACCCCCUUCCCCCAGGGCUGGGGCCAGUGAUCAGCCUUCUGAUUUGUGCCUCUCUUGCAUUUGGGGUUGUGUGUCCUUUCCCUUUCCUGCUCUAGGCUCCUUGAGAGGUCAUAGUACCCAGUAUAGGUCAACUUUAAGAUACAGCUUUCAAUGUUUUUUGUUGUUUGUUUCUCUGGGGCCUUUGGACCCUCUGCUUUCUGGUUUCUCUUGCCUGCUUGUUGAGGGAGCUUCUCACAAUUGUUUGUAUCUGGUUAUUGGGCCAGCCCCCAACCUCCUCUAGAUCUGGAGCCAGGCCAAGCCAGGGCCGUGUGUGGGUAGUGGGGAGCACUGAGCAGUUCAGGAGCCCAGAGUCAGCCACUGGGAGAUUCUUGCUAAGCUUUGGACUGGCAGGGCAGCAUCCUGGACCUUACUCCUGGGCCUGAAUGAGACUCUUAAGUGUUUUUACAAGUCUGUGUUUUAUUUAUGGAGUGACUUAUCCCUUCCAUUCAGAACAGCCCCACCCAGCCAGUCCUCUCAGCCUCUGGGCUCCUGACUCCUGAAAACAGAGCUGCCUGGUUGGUCUCCACCCUGUAUUGGGAGCCCAGCCACUAUGCUCACGGGUAUUUUUCCUCAUAAAGUUUAUAAGCAGUUAUUUAUAUGAAUCCUUGUUAUGUCAACUGGUUUGUAUUGCCUAUUUUGAUUACAAAAUAAAAAUUUAACAGACUCUUCAGUUUUCCAUUGCCUUCCAUCACCAUCAUCUUUACUCCACCCCUCAGUUUGGAUGGUUGGAGCCAAAACCUGGGUGUUUAGCCAAGUUCCCCAAACAGCAGCAAGGAGGGAACUUCGGCAAGUCCAGCCUCAUGUCUGUUUCUCUACCACUUCUGCUCCUCUUUUGUUCUGUGCGGACAAAUAAGAUCUUUUCCUACACCACUUUUCUAAUGGGCAAAACUGCCCUGAGUCAUAGAGUAAGUUUGUCAUUGCAAAGACUUUCAGUGAGCCCCUGAGAAGGAAAUCUGCUGUCUGUGGGUUGCUGUAAGGAAGUGGUUUCCCCAGAGCAAGGCAGGGCAUUGUGCUUGCCUCAAGGAGCUAGGGUUGUCUUCCUGAGCUAUGCUCGGAGCCCUGGACCUGGGAGGGCUUCUGAAGGGCUCCAUGUCCAACCCCAGGCAGAUAACUGAGUCUGAAGUUGGGCCGGUUGCUGGAGUCUGCUCCUUCUGAACCCCUUGCAUUUUGCCAGCAGUCGCACUCUAACUUCACACUGUGAGCCUUACGGGCGGUCUUGCGUGGGGCUGGGGUCCUCCAAAAGGAAGGGGAGGAGAACAGAGGGGGCCGGCGGUGCGUGGGGCGGGGUCGCGUAGGCCCCGCCCCAGCCGCGCGCCUGUCCACACCGCCCAUUGGUCCCGAGAGCGGUGACUCGCGUGCUGAGCAGGAAGGAAACCGCUCCCGAGCUCGGCGGCCUCGUCUCCAGGCCCUGCAGCUGCUGCCACCGCCGCCCGUCCGCCUGUCGGCCCGUCGUUCUACCCGCAGCAUGAGCGGCCUGCGCGUCUACAGCACAUCGGUCACCGGCUCCCGCGAAGACUAUGAGCUCUUCGUGGAGGCUGUGGAACAAAACACACUGCAGGAGUUCCUGAAACUGGCCUGAGCCAAGUCAGCCUAUUGGACUUCCCGUCACCACAUCCCCCCCAAGCCAUCAACCCAGCCAUGAAGGACCUUGUGACCAACUCCCUAUUAUUCCUAACCUUCUGACUUUGGAGCCCCUCCCCACAACCCAAGACCUUUCUCCUCCCCUAACUGUAGCCCCCUCUCCUCCAUUCAAAGGCAACAUUCCUUACCCACUAGUCUUAGAAAUUGUCUUAAGCAACAGCCCAAGUGCCAGCUGUCCUCAGCCAGGCCCUGAGGCUGCCACCCUGCCUUGCACUGGCUGAUGGGCACCUUUGGUGGUUCCAUUAGCCAGGGCUCUGCCAAAGGCCCCGCAGUCCCUGUCCAGGAGCACCACAGAAACAAUUAAAUGUCCCAUUCCAUUGGCA